AUGCCACUGCAGGAGAUUAUUGGGCCAGCGAUGUUGGCCGAAGUUGAUAUGUUGAACCCAGUGUACGGGCAGGAGCUUGGGACUGACGGGCUCGCGUAUUUCGGAGGAGCGGUGACCGAUGUCCAGCCAUUGAGCGUCCGUCGUGAUGCUCCAGCAGUGGAAGACGUCGUCAGCCAGACGAAGGACGUGAAGAAAGAAAAAAUAGAGGCGGCUGCCCCAUCUACCGUGGGGUUCGACAGCGGGAUGGCAGCUGUGUUCGCAUCGCUAGCGUUGAACAAGCCCGUCAUUGUCUAUCAAUUGGCUUUGGCAUUUGAAUCUGGCUCAUCCUCCUUCGUCAAGGCAAGGCAAGAAGGUCGGGUCCAAGUCAAGGCAGCCAGGAAUGGGAGGAGUCAUCUUCCGCAUCGCCAGCUUGACCGACUAGCGUGGGCGUCGUCUCCAUGGUUGACCUUGACGAGCCUAAGCCCAACACGAGAAAGGCAGAAGGGAGACUCUGUCAGGCCUAGAAUUCCGACGGAGACAAGAAAAAUAGACAGACUGGAGGAAGAGGAGGUCUGGAUAGCAGUCACGCCACCUCAUGCCUUGUCGAGCAUCCUGAAGAAUGAGCUGCAUAGCAUUGCAUGUACUUCUUUACUUACCACGACUUGA